UCGAAUUGUCAGCUUUUACUUCGACGGUACCGAGUCGAGCUGCUAGCACCGGAACCUGAACCAAAUCCGCACUUACCAAGGGGGACGUCUGGUUUCACCAAAUCCAGUCAUGCGGCUAAUACCGUACCGCAUUUAGCCGUGGCGGUUACUUCAACCGGCGCGGCGGGAGAAGCGGUCAAAGCAAGCUAACGUCCCUCUGCUCGACCAGCGCCGGCUCCGCUUUUCGUGAUGAUGCGCAAGAAGCGACGCUCGUCGGCGGACGGCGCUGCGCAGGACUCGGCUAACAAGUCUAAGAAAAGCCGCGCCGCCAAGUCCAAGGGUCCUCCUCCGGCAGAGACCGUCGAAAAUGUAUUUAACAGCUUCGUACGGGAGGCCGGCGUCGCCUUGAAACAAGAUGGCGCAGCCAACGAGAUCGUUGUCGACCAGGUAGUUUUCCAAAGGAAGAUACAGCGACAGCUUCGUAAGAGUCCUCGGUACCCUGGUGUCCUCCAGGAGUUCAUCACUGGGUUGGAGUCUUAUAUUGAAGAACCGGAGAGGUUUAAGAACUGUCUCCUUCCUUGCGUUCCACACUUGUCUGAUGAGGGAGACUCAAGUUCUGUCAGUUCCUUCCACGAGAGUCUGCUGCGCAUGUUGUUGAGGAUCGAAAUAUUACAGACUCUGAUCAUCAAUACCUUGUUUGAAAAGCUCCCGGAAUUCAUGUUUGAUAGUACUGGAGACGGGGGGCUCAAUAUUCCUCGGGUCAUUAUCAACCAGCUCAAAUGGCUGGACAGAGUCAUAGACAGCAAGGAGCUGGCAACUAAGCUUAUGCAGCUGGUAUCAGUCGCACCAGUGGAGAUUCAGUGUGACAUCAUCACCAGUCUGCCUGAGAUCCUGGAAGACUCCCAGCAUAACGACAUAGCAAGGGAGCUCAAUUCUUUACUCCGUGAGAACACUCAGUUGACUGUCCCUAUCCUGGAUGCCCUCACUAGUUUGAACCUCAGUGCCUCGUUACUGGUUGAGGUCCGUGGAGCUGUAAUGGCCACCCUGGCUGCUGUGCAGCUGGAGGACCUCCAUGUGGUGGUUAAGUUCAUCCUGCACUCCAUCUCUUCCUCUGACGCGUACGAGGUGGUGUAUGAGCUUCAUGAGAAGCUGGACCUGGAGGCGUGCAUUCUCCCUCCAGUGUUGCAGGCCUCUCAUAGCCGCUCCAAGAGCAAAGCAACAGUGGCUAGGUCCUGUACCACCCCAGCUGCUGGCAGCAGCCAGGACAGUAUGACCUUGGUACUGGAUGGCAUUAAGUCAGCAGUGCGAUUCCAAAAGACCAUAUCCGAAGCAUGGCUCAAGGUGAUAGAGAAUGUCAUUGAGGUGGAGGAUCAUAAGGUAAUAGAUGUGCUGGUGCUAUUUAUUCUCCACUCCACCAAUGCCAACCACAGUCGGCGUGGGGCUGAGAGGGUGCUGAAGGCCAAAGUGAAGACGGGUCAGAUCCAGGAGGCUCUGCUACAAAAGACCUUCAAGUCCUACAGUCAGGUCCUGCGUGGCUAUUUCCCCUCCAUCCUGGCCCUGGCUCAGAGCUUGCUGCGCUUGCCAGACCCCUGUAUGCCGUCCUUCGGAGGGCACAUGUACCGACACUCAUUCUCCGCUUUUGACUCUUACUGCCAACAGGAAGUAGUCGGUACUCUUGUGACCCAUGUGUGCAGCGGUAUGGGCAGAGAGGUGGAUACAGCCCUGGAGCUACUUUGUGGCCUGGUCGCAGACAAGCCCUCAGAAAUGGCCCUGUAUGCUGUCUUUGUCAAGGGAAUCUUGGACUAUAUGGACAACCUUACACCCCAGCAGAUCCGCAGGCUCUUCCACCUGCUCAGUAGACUGGCCUUUGGGCAACAGCAGCAAGGCACGCACAUCCAGGAUGACAUGCACAUAGUGAUUCGUAAACAGCUCUCCAGCAUGGUGCCCAAGUACAAGCGAAUUGGCAUAAUUGGUGCAGUCAUGGUGGUGGGCAGCAUGGGGGAACGCGGGACCGAGGUGGAGAAUUCACAAGGUGGGACAUUACCCAAGGAGACAUACAGACAGGUGACGGCCCUGUUGGAGCUGGUGAGGUCGUGCAGCGAAAGUUCCCCUGAGGCUGCAGCUCUGUACUACGACGAGCUGGCCAACCUGAUCCUGACCUCCACUUUGGACCCCAUGGUGCAGGACUGGAUAGGGAAAAGUGUGCUGGAAGAUUUCCAGGAAGACUUUGUGGUGGAUCUGGGGCCAGGAAUAAGCGGCUCCUUUCCCUUCCCCGCCCAUUUACUCUAUAACCUGGAUGAGGACGAGAGUCAGGGAAGCAUUGUCAUCAACCUGCUGCCUUUGUUGGCCAGUGAUGCCCAAAACAAAAGAGAAGUGUGGGACCGGUCAGAAAAGCAGCCUGACAAGCGAGUGUCCCCUCUGUGUCUGUCUCCGUUCUUCCGGCUGUUGAGGCUGUGUGAGGAGAAGCAGCACCAUGGUGACCUAGAGGAGAUAGACGCGCUGCUGGGCUGCCCUCUGAUCCUGACAGAGAUGGGUGUGAUUGAUAAAGUGGAGAGCCUGUCAAAAGCGGAGAGAGAGUUUCUCUGUACCUUGCUCUUCCAUGCCAUCAACUGGUUCAGAGAGGUCGUAAAUGCCUUCUGUAAACAAAAAGACACAGAGAUGAAGGGCAAAGUGAUGACCCGUAUACAGAACAUCACCUACCUGCAGACAUUGUUGGAGAGAGUUCUGGAAGCAUCGCCCGGCUAUGUGCCUCCUCUCGCCAACUUUGAUGUGGAGAGCACAGAGGGCUUCGCUGUACCCAGUGGUGCUGCUCCUCUGAAGAAGGCAAAGAAAGGCAGCACAAAGAAGAGUAAAAACCCCGGGACGAGUUCUUCAGACUGUUCUUUUCACGAGGAGCGGACACAGGCGGAGGAGACGCAACAGGAACAGCCGGACAAGGAGAAGGAAAAGGAGAAGGAGAAGGAGAAGGAAGGCCAGCACGGGCUCAGUCUUGGGGCCUACCGUCUGUUCUUCAGGGAGCUGGACAUAGAGGUGCUUAGUGUGCUGCAGUGUGGCCUGCUGUCCCGCUCACUGUUGGACUCUAGCAAGGUGAGAGAGGAGGUUCUCCUGGGUCCUGCAGAGCUGGUCUUCCUGCUGGAGGACAUGCUUCGCAAACUGGAGUUCAGUCUGACAGCUACCCAUGCCAGAAGACCCCCUUUCCUCAAGGGAAGGACAGACAGGAGCGUGGGCUUCUCCCACCUUCAGCAGAAGAGUCCUCAGGAUAUAGCCUCCUACUGUGUCCAGUUGCUGCCCACCAUCUGUUCACACUUGGAGAAUUGCCACAACCACUUCCAGGCUGUGCUGUCUGAGAACGAUGGGGUGGUGGAUGGUCCAGCUACAGAUAUGCAAGAACACCAGCUGCUGUCAUCAGCUUACCAGCUUCUCCUUCAGGUGCUGAACGCAGCCCUCAGCUGGUAUGGAUUCUCUCAGCCAGGCCAGCGAGGCUUACUGAAGAAUGCUCUGGGAGUUUUGGCAGGCAGACUCAAAGAAGGAGACACUGAGUUGACCUUGGAGCAGCUUGUAAAACACAGCUUUCAGUACCUGCUGAACUUCCGCAGCACCAUGCCAAGUCUUAACACAGCCCUCUGCCUCUCCCAGCUUCUUUCUACAGUGAUAGAGAGAGGAGGGAACAGCGCAGCCUACAGGGAGCAGAUGGUAUCCCUUGCAAGGUGUUUCCUGUGCCAAAAGUGGGUGAAAGCCAAUGGGGAGAGAGAGCGAGGGAACAAAUUCAAUGAGGGCCUUCAAACUCUCCUCAGUAUCUACUUGGAGAACACUGACGAUGUUCUGAAGGCAGUGGAGGAGAUUGCUGGAGAGGGCAUACCUGAGCUAGUCAAUGUAGCCAAAGAUGAAAGCUCCACAACCUGGCCCAAUCUCAACAGGCAGACACUUUUGGUGUUCUACAAAGGGCUAAUUGCAGAGCUAGAGAAGGCCGUGAGGAAGAUUCCCCCUGGAAAGAGCAAUGACAGCUUUGAGGUCCAGAGUGAGAAACUACUGACAUGGAACCUAGCUGUCAGAGAUUUCCACAUCCUGGUCAAUUUAGUCAAGGUAUUUGACAGCAGGCCUGUUCUUAAUGUGUCCCUUAAGUACGGCCGCCUCUUUCUCGAAUCUUUUCUGAAGUUGGGGAUGCCACUGCUUGACCACAGUUUCAAAAAGCACAAGGAGGAUGUCCGAAGCCUGCUGAAGACCAUCCAGCUCAGCACCAGGCAGCUCCAUCACAUGUGUGGACACUCUAAGAUUCGUCAAGACACAAGCCUGACCAGCCACGUACCAGCCCUGAAGAAGAGCCUUGAGCAGUUUGUUUAUCGGGUGAAAGCCAUGUUGAUGCUCAACAACUGUCAGGAAGCAUUUUGGAUGGGGAACCUGAAGAACCGUGACCUGAAGGGUGAGGAGAUUAUUUCUCAGAGGACCCAGGAGAGUGAGGAUGAGGAAGAGGAAGAAGGGUCUGAAGUGCCUCAGGAUCAUUCAGAGGAUGAGGAUCAGGAGAGUGAUUCUGAGGGAAAUAGGAGGUCUAACAGAGCGGAUGACGAGGAUCAAGAUAAGGACGUGAUAGAAGACUCUGACUAAUUACUUUCCUGGGGCAAUAAACUUCCAGCCUUGAUUUGGGUUUUCCCAAUUUGUUCAGACCAUUAAUCAUCGUCCAUCCAAGGUGGCACAUUUAGAACACGAUCAACACUAGUUUCCAAGCCUUUCUGUUAUGGUCACAUUUCUGCACGCACAUUUGAGGAAUUCAUAGUGUGUUUCUAUAUUAAUUUUUGUUUAUCUUUAAGAGACGAAGUAUAUCGAGGGGAAUUUCAGCCGAGUAUGUUCCGUGGGAACGUGUGUUGAUUUUUGUAAUUAGUGCCUUUUCUCUCUUUUCCAACCAAAUAAUGUUUGAGAUAUGUUCAAAACUGAUUUAUAAUUUUUGAUGGAACGUUUAUGAUUUUUUUUUAACUUGGUAUAUUUGUGUUACAAGCGCCCCCCCCCCAAAAAAAUUUUUUUUAAAUAAAAUAAAAGCAAUUUUAAAAUUGUACACACUACAAUACUGUUUUCAUCACAUGAUAAAUCUGGACAUGGUUGUUGAACUGCAGCUGCUUAUUGAAAAAUGCACAAUUAGUUUUUACAUAUUACAUAUUCUGUCAGGUUUCUGUGCUGACAGGUUUGCUGAAUGAACUCAGGUCUGAUAUUUGG